CCAGAAAAUUAGAUAUUUAUUUGAAGUUUUGUUUUAUCCACAGACAUUCAAAUCAAAUCACCUUUUCUGAAAUAUAAUAUGUAUAUUUAUUUAAGCUUGAAUGAGUAAACCUGAUUAUUUCUAACAAUUUAUAAUGAAACUCUGGUUGAAAUGACGAAUAAUGUUAUCAGUGCCUAGGGAUGUACUUCAAAUAAUACAGGCUAAAUUCUCUUCAUUGGAAAUUGUUCAAAGUCUCCAUUUGAAUGUAUCACUAGCACAUGAUUUCUGGAAUGAAGAUUUUCAUAUUCUUGCUAUAGUAGUUAAAACCUCAAAUUCUGCUUUGUUUUUGUUUUCUUCCAAAAAAUCACAACCUGCUCAUUUAUCUGAUCUACAAAUUGAGAGUGUAAUACCAAUAGAUGAAUAUUUUGACUGCUUUUCAGAGCCACUACAAGAUGAUGAGAAUCAUCUUCUAUUUACAGUGAAAUAUAGAAAGUCAAAGCUUGAUUUCAAAAUAAGGGUUGGUCCAGAAAGUUCAGCUUUUGCUUCAGCAUUAAUAAAAUCAAGAGAAGGAUCUCAAUGUGGUGAAACCGAUCAUAGUUGGCUGCUCAAGUAUACUGAUUUGUAUGAUUGUUUGAAUAAUAUGGAUUUCAAAUCACAAUCUCCUGAUAUAUCGUUUAUAAGACAGAAAAUGGCCCAGAAUCAGAAUGCUGUAAAUAGAGAAUCGAUGCUCAAGUAUCAACUAAAAUUAAAAGAACCUGAGUAUACUCAAUAUCAGGAGUUCAGAAUCUUCAUUGGAACUUGGAAUGUGAAUGGUCAAUUACCUUCAGUUUCAUUAAAGCCAUGGCUCAGCUGUGAUGAUGAUCCACCUGACUUGUAUGCAGUUGGUUUUCAAGAAAUAGAUUUAAGUAAAGAAGCAUUUUUGUUCAACGACACUCCAAGAGAAGCGGAGUGGGAAAAAAUGGUUUAUGAUGGUGUUCACUCCAAGGCUAAAUAUCGAACUGUAGCGCUUACUAGACUAGUGGGCAUUCAAUUGAUAGUACUUAUCAAUGUGAAGCAUUACCAAUUUAUCAGGAAUAUUUCAGUAGAUACUGUAGGAACUGGACUGUUAGGAAAAAUGGGUAACAAAGGAGGUGUAGCUGUUAGAUUAGAACUCCACAAUACCUCUCUGUGUUUCGUAAAUUCGCAUUUGGCUGCACAUGUUGAAGAGUUCGAAAGGCGGAAUCAAGAUUAUAAGGACAUCAACGCCAGAAUUUAUUUCAAGAGAUUUCCUUCUGCAAUUAAAAACCAUGACCAAGUUUUUUGGUUGGGAGAUUUGAAUUACCGAAUUACGGAAUUAACCACAUCACAAGUCAAAACUCUUUUAUUGAGAAAUGAAAUGGCAACAUUACUCAAAGCAGACCAAUUGAAUCAGCAGAAGGAAAGAGGAAAUGUACUAUUAGAUUAUAAUGAGGGAGAUAUCACAUUCCCCCCUACAUAUAAAUAUGAUUUGAAUUCAGAUACUUUUGAUACAAGUGAGAAAGCUAGACCACCUGCUUGGACUGAUAGGAUUUUGUACCGAGGGAGAGGUAUCUAUCAGAUGUCAUAUAGAAGUCACAUGGAUCUCCGGAUAAGUGAUCACAAACCUGUGAGUGCAAUUUUCAAAUCUGAGAUAAGUGUCAUAGAUCAAGCCAAAUUUAGAAAAGUUCAUGAAGAAUUGUUGAAACGGAUGGACAAAUUGGAAAAUGAGUUUCUACCUCAAGUCACAGUAGAUCAAACUGAAGUCAAGUUUGAUUUGGUUAAAUUUAGGGAACCACAGUACAGGGAUAUAAUUAUAGCAAAUACUGGCCAGGUACCUGCAGAAUUUGAAUUCAUUAAAAAAUUAGAUGAACAAAACUAUUGUAAAGAAUGGUUACGAAUAACACCUUAUUGUGGAACUGUUAAUCCAGGUGAGAGAGUUGAUGUACGCUUAGAGGUUAAUUUAGACACUGAUCUGAGAGAACUCGAGGAUAUUUUGGUUUUGCAUUUAAAUGGUGGUAAAGAUAUGUUCAUAAUAGUUAGUGGAACCGGCCAAAAGUCCUCUUUCACCACUACUUUGUCCGCUCUAUGUAGGACACCUAUUCCAAUUAUGUAUUUAACUGAUGAACAAUGGGUAAAAAUAGUGGCUCUGGAGAGCGAGGUGUUGUAUUCGGUUCCAAGAGAAUUAUGGUUACUGGUAGAUCAUUUAUAUAAAUAUGGAUUAAGGGUGAAAGAACUGUUUGAAUCCAAUUGCACCCAAGAAAAUUUUGUGAAGAUAAGGGAUUGGUUAGACUAUGGUUCAACAGAUGAAAUACCUGUUUCAGUUGAAACAGUAGCAGAAACGUUACUUAUCUUUCUGUCCUACACAAAGGAACCUGUAAUUCCUUUCAAUCUACAUGAUGCUGCAAUAGCUGCUUCAAGUAACUAUCAGAAUUGUAAAAAUAUAAUUGAUCAGAAGUUGCCAGAUACCCAUAGAAACGUAUUUUUGUACAUAUGUAUGUUCUUGCAGGAGUUUCUAAGACAUUCUAAUGAAAAUGGGUAUGAUGCUAAAACUUUGGCAUCCUUAUUUGGAGAAAUACUUUUAAGAGAUCCAAUAAGAAAUUCAAAACCGCAAGCAAGCAGAGGAAAAUCAAAUUUCAUAUAUAACUUUCUUGUGAAUGACCUCAGUACUUCAAUAAUUUUGAUGAAGUGAUAACUUAUGAAUUAAUAAUUUCCAAUCACUGAGGAUAUUGAUACUUAUCACCUUUAUGUCAAAGAAAUUAAUUAUUUUCAAUAUUUAUAUUAUUUGAUAAUACUCAAAUUUUGGAUGUUCAUUUACAGUUGAAUAGAACCCACCAACAUUUCUUAACUUCAAUGUGAAGGCUUUUAAGUUGUAAUAUAAUUUAGGAGUUCAAUACUAGUCUUGGAGAAUGCCUGUGAAUUUUUUUACUUCAUUAUUUAAUAUUUCAUUGUAAUUUGUUCUUGAAGGAUUAUUUGUUACCAUAUAAAACCAUUCUAUAUGCAUAUAUAAUUUAUAAUGUAAUGCUUUUUAAGCGAUACAGGAGAAUUCAAUAUAAAAUUGAUUUAAAUAAAAGAGCAUUUUAUAGAAAUUAUUCAAUGUAUGAAUAUUUAGUUAAACCAAAUCAUUCUUUAUGAAGUAGCAUUAAGAAUUGUAAAGUUUUGUAACAAUUCUAGAAUGACAUUGAAAUACUGACUACUAAUAAAAGGCAAA